AGUUGCAAUUUGCAACUAUUGGCUUUGUGAUUCACAAUGAACACGUGUUACGGUGGAUUAACAGCUAGUGGAGGAUAUAAAUGAGAUAUAUAAUGUAUUACAAAGUAUAAGUAACUCUUACUUUGAGGGGCGUGGACAACAGACACGUGUUUUCUGUCAACACUGCUACGUCACCGCCAACCCGGAAAAACAAUUGAGGUUCUACUGAGAGUUGUGCUUUCAUCGGUUUACACAUCAUCCACAUCUAUUCAAGGGGAAUACAUUGAUUGUAUGGUUCACAAGCUCAAGAAAGUUUUCCAGUGGAUCUCGUAUGUUUAUUCGGCGUUCAUAGGGAUGAACGUUUCAGGGUUAGCGUCGCUAUGUGACAUUAGUUCAGUAGUUCGGUUUCAAGUUAUGGAUGAAACCGAUCACUUCCAAACUUUGAAUCCGUCGGUAUCCUAAAGUGUACAGAUGUACCUUAAAGAGGGGAUACACCUACUGAGAUGUACUAGCUGUCAAUUGAAUGCGCCGGGAGAAAUGAAAUUUAACACGCAAUAUUGACUUCAACCAUGGUACCUUUAAAACGAAGGAAAGUGGCCUCUUCAAACGGUGGUCAGAGUUGUGAGACUGACCCCAGUAAAGAAAGUAGUUUUCCACAAGCAGUGAUCUUCAUAUUAGAGAGGAGAAUGGGAGCGAGUAGGAGAACCUUCCUUGCACAAUUGGGGCGAAGUAAAGGAUUCAGAAUAGAGGACACUUACAGUGAGUCAGUGACGUACAUCAUAUCGGAAAACAACAGCGGGGACGAGGUGAGGACAUGGUUGGGAGUAAGGGGACAGCAUCAGUCCAGACCACCUGUCCACCUGCUUGACAUCAGCUGGUACACGGAGAGCAUGCGAGAGGGCCUACCUGUGGCCAUACUAGAUAGACACCGGUUACAGGAGCAGCAGGGAGAUCCUGUUGAAGCACCAGCGUUCUUAGCGGCCAGCUACGCAUGUCAGAGGAACACGCCUCAACCUGGACACAAUACCCUUCUCACUGCGGCCUUGUCCGUUCUGGCGGAGAGUGCGGAGCUGAACGGAGACGAGGGGAGAGGCCUUGCGUUCAGGCGGUCCGAGGGCCUCCUGCGGUCCCUGGACAGACGGGUCCAGGGGCCCGCUGAGCUCCGGGGGCUGCCCUGCCUGGGGGACCACUCACACCGGGUCAUUCAGGAUCUUUUGGAGAAUGGAGUGUCGAGUGAAGUCGAAGAAACGAAGUCGUCCCCGCGCUAUAAAGCCAUGAAGUUGCUGACAGGGAUCUUUGGGGUGGGUGUGAAGACGGCUAAACGGUGGUUUACAGAGGGGAUAUGUAGCCUCGCACAGCUGGAAACAUCAGGACACUCGCUCAACGCAGCACAACAAGCAGGUCUAAAGUACUACACUGACCUCAACCAACCGGUGAGCAGAGAAGAGGCGGACGCCGUCAGCGUGAUGGUGGAGGGUGUGGUGCACUCCGUCCUACCAGGAGCGCGGGUUACCCUGGCCGGAGGAUUCAGGAGAGGGAAGAUGAGUGGCCAUGAUGUUGAUUUUCUGAUCACGCACCCUGACGAAGGAAAAGAAGAGGGACUCAUUCAUAAAAUCAUCGCCUGUUUGGAGUCUCGGGGGCUUCUGCUGUACCAGCAGACUACCAGGAACACAUACCGGGAGUCAGCGAAGGGUGCUGGCCGGCCCAGCUCCAGCAUGGACCGCUUUGACAGAUGCUUCUCCAUCUUCAAACUGACCAAUGACAGCAGUCCUGAGGUACACAAGGCGCGCUCAGGUACUAUCGGAAUCAAUACACAUUCCUCCCCUGAUCCGGAGCGGGUUCGAGUGGAAGCGGACCAGACGGGCUCUGGGGGCAGACCCUGGAGAGCAGUGAGAGUGGACCUGGUGGUUUCCCCUAUAAGCCAGUUUGCCUUUGCUCUGCUGGGCUGGACUGGGUCCAAGUUGUUCGAGAGGGAGUUGCGGCGGUGGGCGGUUCGCGAAAGAUCCAUGUCCUUAAGCAGCCACGCACUGUACGACAGAAAUCAGGAGAGGUAUUUAAGAGCAAGCUCUGAGGAGGAGAUCUUCGCUCAUCUGGGUCUGGAGUACGUCUCCCCCACAGGGAGAAAUGCCUGACCCGCUGUCCUUUCCAUCCAUUAAGAUCUAAAUUGCAAGCUUCCCUUCUGUAGUACACAACACAACACUGUUUGUGAUAACCUAAUGGAUUAUAAUAUGGUUAAAUAUUGAUUGGUUUUAUUUUGUAUGCCCAUGUUGAUAGUAAUAUGCCAGUACCUGUUUGUUUCUGUAUAAUAAAAUGCUGAAAUGAAACGCAUUAAAAGGAUAUGGUAUCUAUCAUUUUUUUAAUGUUGUGACCGCAAUUGGCUCUUGAAAAAUUGUUGACUGUUUUGAAACUGCAUAAUUUACUAGCCCGUUUUCAAUAAAUCGGAAACAUAAAAAGCUUAUGAUCAUUUUCAGUAAACAGGGUUUAGAUGCAUGAAUAUUUAUGGCAUUUCAGUAGCAGGGCUUGUGGUCCACCCCGCAUAACAGGAAACCCAGAAAAUUACCAUAGCAACAGAAUAACCAUAGCGACCCGGUUGGAUCCUUUGUGUGUUGUAGGCAUUAACACUACUGACUUUCUGACAAAGAAUACUGAAGGAAAUACCAACCACUCGAUUUAUUUAUUCAGUGCAAUUUCAGGACUGUUGAGGUACAAUGCAUUAAGUAUGAUAAGUCAUCAGGCAGGGGGUAGAGAGGGAUAAGGAGAGAAAUAGAGAGAGGCGAAAUAAGGACCACAGCUGUGAGAAGCAUCCCAGGUUUAUGUAUGGCAGUUGCUUAAACAACCACACACACACACACACACACACACACACACACACACACACACACACACACACACACACACACACACACACACACACACACACACACACACCUGUUGACCUGAAUUCAAAUCUAUCCCCAGCAGGAAUCUACUCUUCAUUUGCAUCUAUUGUUGACAGGAUCUUGUGUAUUACCUGUUCAUUGUAUUCUGUGUAAUUAAAGCUAUAUAGCUGUAAAGUAAACAAAAUAUAU